AUGGCUCUCAAGCGAUCCGUCUUUAAAAGGUGGUCGGUAACGGCUCCACAUCUCUGCGAUGUGAAAUGUGGACAAGAGAUCACGUGCCAGAGCUAUAACUACAAUAGAAAAUAUAAGAUAUGUGAACUAAAUAACCGCACCAAGGAGGCAAGACCGCAAAAUUUCCUCUCAGCACCUGCAUGGUUUUACAUCCGGCGACUGAACGGCAGAGCUUCCUUGGGUUCUAUUUCUGAUUUACCAGCGUUGUCUUGUCGCGAAAUAAAGGCGAGUGAAGGAAAAGACACUAUCAGCGGCAAGUACUGGCUGGAUCCAACCAGCAGUGGGAAGGCAGUAUUGAUUUACUGCGACAUGAUUAACGAGGAUACGGAUGAAUGCAAAGAAGACAACCAUGACUGCGACCCGAAUGCAAACUGUACUAACACUUAUGGUUCCUAUAAGUGUACAUGUACGGAAGGGUACACUGGUGAUGGGCACUCAUGUGCGGAUGUUUACGAGUGUAUAAGAAACCAUUCUUGUCAAAUAAAUAGCAGCUGCACAAACAUCAGGGGAUCACGAUUUUGCGCUUGUCAGGCUGAGGUAAUUACCGAUGGAAGCAACUGUACAGAAAGAAAUCGGACAAUGAUGUUUCCACAGUACUACAACUUUCCCGGAAGACGUUUAAUAAAUCAUGUUAUCCAAAGCGUAAUCGUCAAUAACUUGGAUUACUGCGUACUUUUUUGCUACCUGAACGACAACUGCGUCAGUCUGAACUUCAAGAAAAAUGCAGAGCUUGGGGGAAUAGGCUAUAUCUGUGAAGCAAAUAAUGCCACUCAUAUUAAAUAUGACGGUGAUCUGAUACAUGAUGGCGUUUUUUAUUAUCACGGUUCGAAGAGUGCCUGCGAUAAGAAUUCCUUGUGCCAAAAUAAUGCAACUUGUCAGUCUGGUUUUACGUCAAAGGGAUAUCGAUGCUUAUGCCCUCCUGGUUUCGAGGGUGAAUAUUGCGAAAAAGAUAUUGACGAAUGUGAAAGAAAUCUUUCCUCUUGUCACGUAAAUGCUGACUGCCUAAACACCAUUGGAUCGUUUGUUUGUCGUUGUCACACUGGAUACAUUGGAGACGGCACCAAUUGCAAUGCUGAUGUAUGCCAAUUCCACUCUGUUCUAGAAGAUUAUGACAGAGACAUUAAUUACCAAACCCCGCCUGGAAACGAAAAAUGUGACAAUAAUCUGAACUAUGGUUGGUAUCGCUUCCUGAACAUUUCAGGAAUAACAAUGCCGACUACAUGUCCACCUCCUGACACAUGCGGCACAACAUUCCCAGGUUGGUUGUCGGGCGAUCAUCCCACAGUGGAAGAUGGAGAAGUUAGCAGGACAGUCUGCUUCACCGGUCGCUCAUACGAGUGCUGUUACUAUUCUUACAACAUCAGGAUUGAAGUUUUUCUAGGAGGAUCAUUUCUUCACUUGAAUAUAAAUGAUGCUUUCACCAGCUGCGCGCGGUGA